UCCGCCCGCGCCCAUCGCGGCGGCGCGGACUGCUGGGUCUGGGUGCGGGCCUUCGCUUUUUGUCGGCUCCUGCGCGAGUCUCUGGGAGUGGGUGAGUGGGCCUGGCGCGCCGGAGCGGGGGCGGGGCAGGGUCUGGGCGGCCGUCGCCGUCAGGCCUGUGCCGCGCGGGCUGGAGCGCUUCUUCCGUACUCUCGAAGGACUCUGGCCCGGGAAGCGCCAGGAAAGAGGGCUCGAGUCAUCCACCUCCCCGGGCCACCGCCAGUCCCCCUUUUUGCGGGACAGACACUAUGGUGUAGGAGAGCCUGUGCUCUCUAGUGAUCGGAGACCAGUUGUUUUGCCCUGACUUUGCCUUGGCCACUCAGUCCAUCUCUCCAGGCCAGGGUUCUUGCAGCUCUGAAAUGGAGGGUGCAUGUCGUAUCCGCUCUACCUACACCAUAGGAUGAUUGCAGAGUUGACACCGCUUGCCUGCUUGGAAACUAAGGAGCGUUGGUUAUCAACCCCGGCAUCCAUUAGACUUCUGAGGAAGCCUUCCAAAUACUGAGGCCCCCAGAAUCACAAGGUGGAAGAUGUCUAUGGAUGUGACAUUUCUGGGGACAGGUGCAGCAUACCCAUCCCCAACCCGGGGUGCCUCUGCUCUGGUCCUUCGGUGUGAAGGCGAUUGCUGGCUCUUUGACUGUGGGGAGGGAACUCAGACGCAGCUUAUGAAGAGUCAGCUAAAAGCAGGGCGAAUUACUAAGAUCUUCAUUACGCAUCUUCAUGGAGACCAUUUCUUUGGCCUUCCUGGCCUCCUCUGCACAAUCAGUCUGCAGAGUGGCUCUGCGGUCACCAAACAGCCUAUUGAAAUCUAUGGCCCUGUAGGGCUUCGAGACUUUAUCUGGAGAAUCAUGGAACUGUCUCACACAGAGUUGGUUUUCCCUUACGUGGUCCAUGAGUUGAUGCCCACAGAGGAUCAAUGUCCUAUGGAAGAAAUGAAAGAAUUCACACAUGUGAGUAAAGCAGGCAGUCCUCCCAAGGAGGGGCAAGGCAGAACUAUCCUAUUAGACUCAGAAGAAAAGUCAUACCUUCUGGUUGACGAUGAACAGUUUGUUGUAAAAGCAUUUCGCCUCUUUCACCGAAUUCCCUCCUUUGGGUUUUCAGUCAUGGAGAAGAAACGCCCAGGUAAACUCAAUGCACAGAAACUUAAAGACCUCGGUGUUCCGCCAGGUCCUGCUUAUGGGAAAUUGAAAAAUGGAAUUUCGGUUGUUCUGGAAAAUGGGGUUACAAUUUCUCCCCAAGAUGUUUUAAAAAAGCCUAUCGUUGGAAGAAAAAUCUGCAUAUUGGGCGAUUGCUCCGGGGUUGUGGGUGAUGGAGGAGUGAAGCUGUGCUUUGAAGCAGACCUUUUGAUCCAUGAGGCAACCUUGGAUGAUACCCAGAUGGACAAAGCAAAGGAGCAUGGCCACAGCACACCACAGAUGGCAGCAGCAUUUGCAAAGUUGUGCCAAGCAAAGAGGCUGGUUCUGACUCAUUUCAGUCAGAGAUACAAACCAGUUGCCUUGGCCAAAGAAGGAGAAACAGAUGGUAUUGCAGAACUGAAAAAGCAAGCUGAAUCAGUGUUAGAUCUCCAAGAAGUGAUUCUUGCAGAAGAUUUUAUGGUGAUUGGCAUUCCAGUCAAGAAAUGAAGCCAGUGGUCCUGAAUGCAUACUGACAUGUCUUUGAAUAUGUUACUGAACUUCCAGUCCAGUUAUUUUUUUUUUCUUGCAAUUAUUUGGGGCCUAAUAAUCUUAAAAGGAUGGAGCUGCAUUGCUGAGCUGAUUCUGUGGUGAGAGGGAGCAAGCUUUUCAAUAAUAAAUACUUUUAAAAGUAAAAGAACAGUAUCCUCCUUAAAGUCCAAAUUUGAAAAAAAAUGGUAGACUAUUCUGGUAUACUUGUUUUGUGGCUACUGCCUCAGAUUGAAGCCACCUCAUGCAGUUCUGGGCUUAGCUUCUUCCCGGCUUUAUUGCUAUUAUUGGCAAAGUACAUAGGGCUUGGCCCUCUUGGCUACGAAUGGUAUUUUGGCAGUUGGUGUGAAUCUGUUCUUGUUAUUAACGGAGUAGUGAGAAAUGUAAUGAGACUUUGGACAUGCAGGAUUGGAGACAGCAUGUUAAAUCUUGAAUUCUUUGCUGAAAUACUAAAUGCACAGUCGGGCUAGGUGUUUUUCUUUUAACUGAUGUUUUAUUGACCUUUCUGGUUUGCUUUAAACCUGUAAUUCUCAGCUGGUACCACUCCUCUAAAAGGAGUUUUAAAACUGUGGGGUUGUUUUUCUUGUUGUCACAAUGACCAGUAUUUAGUGGGCAGGGACCAGGUAUGCUAAAUGUCUUGCACAAUUUAGAUCAGUCCUGUACAGUAAAGAAUUAUCUCGCCCUAAAAUGCGAACUACAAAUCCGUCAAGAUGCACAGCAAGUUAAAACUUAUACUCCCGUUGUGAAUAUACUUUAACAAAAUUAGUAAAAAAAAUGAGUUGAAUUACCAAGUGAGUCAAAUCCUAAAGAACUAGCUAAGUGAAUAUGUAGGUAUUGAAAUUUCAUAUCAAAUAUUAGUUAAAAGAAAUGAGCCAUCAACAGGAACUUAUAAAUGUGGAGGUAAAGAAAUAAUAUCUGUUAAACUGAGGUUUGAUUUACAUGUUAGUAAUAAUUCUUAGAGCACAAUUUUAAUAAGUAUUCUUUCUAGAGUAGCUUUUCCUUCUGUGUUGUACUCCACCUCCCUUCUCUCUGCCAUCAGGAUAUCUGACUUAUUUACCUCACAUUAUUUUUCCAAAUGUAUUCUAUGGAAAGCUAGUCUUGAGUGCUGAUUCAUUCAGAAGGGCUCCCUAAUCAAAUCAGUUUGGGAAACUCUUUGUGCUGUGUGUCCCUCUGGGAGUGUUGAAGUGCCCAUCAACAUUUAAAAAACAGUAUUGCUUGAAUGAGCAUAAACCAAUCCUUGGUGCCUGAAAAAAAAUGAUUUCAUGGUCCCGUUCUGUAUCUUAUGAGCUGUGUGGCCAGGAGGAGGUUAAUUACUCUCUCUGAACUCAGCUGCUCAGGUCUAAAAUGGGAAAAAUACUAGUACUAACUUCAUAGAAUUGUUGUGAAGAUUAAAUGAGACAAUACGUAUAAGGAGCAUAGCACAAUGCUUGAAAGGCAUUGAGAGAUCCUUCAGUGCAGAGGCAUGGCAACCAAAUUGAACCACUGUGUCAGUCCUGUUUCACCAUAGAAGAUCUAUUUACAUCUCAAGCACCUAGAGAGUUUUACAGUACAUGUUUAGAAACACUGUCAUAGUAUAUACUGUUAAAUUCCUUUGGGUUCUGGGGCUUCUGUGGUCAAAAUUUUUGACUCCUGGCUGGUUCUGGAGUCUCCAAAGUAGCGAUGGCCAAGGCCGGUCUGGUUACUCAAGAUCUCCAUCAUCCUGAAGUAGUCUCUAGAAUGAUCUGACUGUGUUACAUUAUAGACCCGUGGCCCCCCAAAGUACCAAAGCAUGACCAGACUUGAAGUGUAUCUUGGUUUCCAAACUCAGUUUAAACAGUCAUUUAUCAGACACCAGCUAUAUGCUAAAACUUGUACAAGAGGAAAUGGCCAGGACUAGUAUCUCUACUGUGUGGAGCUCUUCAGGGUAGAGACUGAGGUUUAGUCACCUCUAUGUCCUUGGGAAUGCCCACUCACUCAGAAAUGUUUAUUAAAUGAAAAUGAGGCCUUGAUACAGUGAGUGUACAAACUUUAGGACAUACUUCUGUGCCUAGCUCAUUUCAUACUAUACUUGUCAAAAAAUUUUAAAUCAUCUGAUUGGCAGAAAACCAUUAAUUGCAGACCAACUAAGUGCCAGACUUUAUUGUGUUGGGACUAUGUAAAUAAAUAUACAGUAAAUAUAUAGUUCCUUCAAAUGGUUUCCUCGUCUUGUAGCCUGAUACAAAGUUUUGCUGCUGCUGAGCAUUACUUGUUAGCUGACUUGAGCUGUGCCCUAAGAAUCAGGCUCUAUUAAUAUAUGGACUAAGCCCUCAGAGACCACGGGAAUGUAGGAAUGAAUUAGUGUGUUGGAUGGAGUAUGGAGUAUCACUUCCUUUGUGAAAAUUCUUUCUAGGACUCUCUCCUGGCCUAGAAUUUGUUCUUAUUGGUAGAAACAUUCUAAGAAUUUGUGGAGCUAGAGUCAAGAAUGAAAUUUAUUUUGGAUUUCUAAGACAUGUAAUCUGCUAAUGGGUUAUAUGACUGAGAGGAUAUAAUAUAUAUAUUGAGACCCAAACUUACUUGAUUGCUGAAUCCUCUUUUGGCCAAGGAACAUCUUGGAAUGCUAGGAAAUGCUGAUCCUUAAUACUUGUUAAAAUUGUAUGUUUUAUGUGCACAAUGUAUGGAAAUGAAUUUCAUAUCUACAUGUAAUAUAGUACUUUCUUUGUCUUACACUGACUCUAAAGUGUCAGCAAUGCAUAGAUACCUAUUUGUUGUAGAUUAAAAAUGUGCACUUUCCAGGUCUCAAAAGGUGUUUAGACUUGCCGAAAUACACCCUAAAUCAACUCUGAUUUCUCAUAACCAUGCCUCAUUAAUGAGCUUUUAAUGAACUUUUAAUCAUAAAAGCAGUGUAGUGCUCAGAAGAGAAUUUUUUAAGGCUCAAAAAAAGAAGACUAUUACUCAUAAUUCCACCACCUAAAGAGAGCUACUUCUGGUCCGGUAGUCCUCAAAAUGAGGUAUGUGUCGAGAUUAGUUAAAGUGGUUACAUAGUUGGAGAUCCUUGGGCUCUGCUUCCAGACUCUAAUUCAGUAAGUCUGGUGGUUCCUAAGAAUCUGCGUUUUUAAUAAGCCCCCCCCAGGUGAUUCUGAAGUAUAUGGGUAACAGACCACAUUGGGAGGAAAAAAGCCUCUCUUUUCUAUGCACUUAAAAAAAUCAGAGUGAUGUAUUUUAUAUAUGUUUACACAUAUGUUUAUAAAUGUGUAUAUAGUACACAUAUACAUAGUUUUACAUGUAUGUUGACCUCAACUGUUUUUCUUGAUUAGCACAUCAUGAGCAUUUUCCCAUGGCAUUAAACAUUUGAAAACAUGAAUUUAAUGAUUUUAUAUGAUUCUAUUCCAUAGAUAUAAUAUAAUUUAACCAUUUUCCUGCUAUGAGGGCAUUGAGAUCAUUUUUCCAUUGUUAUAAAUAAGGCUAUCAUUAAUUUUCUUGUGCAUAAGUCCCUGUAUCUCCGAGUAUUUCCUUGGGAUUAAUUUCUAGGAAGAUCAAAACAUGACACUAAUAUUUUUACACCCUGGAUAGGAAUCACCCACUUAUUUUCCAAUUUAAGCUUCUAGCAGCAGCCAUGUGAGAGAUCUGUUUUGCUACACCAUUGAUAGGAAAUACUGAGUAUCAUCAAUGACUUUUCUAACAUUAGCAAGAUAAUUCUGAGAUAUUAGUCCUAUGAAGAUUAUUUUUUCCUCCUAGUGCAAAUAACUUUAUUAUGAUGUUUCAACUGGCACGUAUGAUUCAACUGAUUUCCUUGAAUAUUCUUAUGUCAGCUUAAAGUUUUGGCAGUUUUUGCCUAAGGAGGUAAAAAUCUGUACUGCUUCAAGUAUGUCCAUGACAGAUGUACAGUAAAGUACUUUUAUCCUCAAAAAGGUUUAAAUUUAUAGCAAAAUAUACUGGUUCUUUGUCCUUACUGAUUGAUAGAUUUUUCAGGUCAUGAAUGAAUCAAAGUAUUUUUCCUAUAUGGGAAGAGUAAAAAUUGUUCAUUCUUGGCAGAAUAAUAGGGUUUGAAAAGGGCUCAAGAUGUGGACUGAGAUUGUGAAAUUAUUUUCUUCCAUAGUAGGAAGUAAACGGUCAAUAUCUAAAACUAAAAUAUAAAGAAAUCGCACUUUAAGCAUAUUAUGAUGUUAAAAAAAAAAAGGGAAGGAAGUACCAGACGAAUAGUAAUGAGUGGAGGAAGGUGUUCUUAGUGGAAGGGGCAAGGAGUAUAGGAAAGUGGAAGGGGCAAGGAGUGUAGGAAGAGAGACUCAAGGGACUGCUAUUUUUUUAUACGCCUAAUAACACUGGUAUUAUUUGGUUUUCGAACUAUAUUUGUGUGGGUGGUGUACAUGCAUUCAUUAAUUUUUAAAAUUACAUUAAAAUACAGGCACACUUAGAUAAGGCCCUGCCCUGAAUAAUCUUUUUAUUUUUAGUUUUUUAAAUACUUUUUUUCAUUGUUUUUGCCCUGAAUAAUCUUAUCAAUCACUGGUCUCCAAAUGAGUGCUCAAGGCACUUGACAGUUCUUUCAAGUCUUUUUUAGUAUUCCAAUCCUUGCUCCAUUCUGCAGGGGGUGAUUUUUUCAAAAUGCGAAUCUGAGGCCAGUACUUCCCCUGCUUAUAACUUUUUAAUGGCCUGCCUCACCCACCUUUCUAGGCUCAUCUUACUCCUCUACACUUCUUAUUUUUGCAGCCCUAGCCACUUGGGCCUUCUUUUUGUCCUUUGUCAGGGCUUUCUGUUGUCCAAGGCCUUUACAGCUAUUGUUCCCUCUGUCCAGAAUGGUCUUUCCUCCCCUCCACAAGUUAACCCUUAACCUGGCCUUGAGAUCACAGCUCUGCAUCGUUUCCUCAUGGAACCCUGAUACCAAGGCUGUGUUCUCUGCCUGAUGCACAGAACAGUGAAUCUAUGACACCCAUUCAAAAGGGAGAAAGAGUUUAUUGCAACACCAAGCAAGGAAAACAAAUGGUCUAUUAGCACUAAUGCAGUAGUCUCCAAACUAGAGUAUUCGAUAUCAGACUUUUCUAAGGAUACACAGGCGAACUUUCAUAUAAAUCUUUCCUAAAAUUGAUCUUCCUGAGAACUAGUGUAGACAAAGUGUCUUGCUGGUCCCAUUGUGCAGUGCCCCAGGAUGAAAAAUCUCUGGGGUACCAAAGAUCAGAGUUUAAGGAGUUCAGGGGUUUUAUGGAUUCAAACAAGGGGAGUUGGACUUGUUACCAUUACAAUGACAAGUAUAAACAACUAUAGUACCUUGUAAAGGAGUGGAAAAUAACCAUUACAACAAGUAUAAACAGCUAUAAUACCAUGUAAGGGGGUGGAGCUAAGCAAGAACUAAGUGAAAAUAAUCUUUAAAAAAGCAAGUAUAAACACUGUAGUCAGCAGUUAGUUCUGGGCUUAAUUUCUUGGUUACACCCUUUUCUGAUCCUCCUACUAGGUAGUAUAUUACUCUUAGUGCUGGCACUCCACCUUCCUGGGGCUUAUCACUUAUAUUUUCAUUUUGCUUGAGUGAAUAUUUGAUUAAUGUUUCUCUUUCCCACUAGCAUUAUAACUUCAAAAGAGUAGGACCGUCACUGAUUUCAUUCUCCCUUGUCCCCCAGCUCCUAGCUGUCAGUGUUUGGAGCAUGUUAGGCACUCAGUAAUUUGUGCUGUCUGGCUCAAUUUUCCCUGCCAUCCUGUUAUUCUGUUAAUAUGUAUUACCUUGUGUUUUUUUUGCUGGUUAUUAUUACUCACAAAAAUCCCCACCCUUAAUCUCUGAACUAAAAUUGGGCAAGAGAAGAAUGGUUGCCUGUUACCUUAACGGGGUGAGUUCUUAUAAAUUUUAAAGUUUAUGAAUUUUAAAGCUUUAGCUUGGUGUCCUAAGAUAUGCAGACAGAAAUCUAGAGCUAAGGAAAAAUGAAUUCCUCUGCCUAAGAAAUUGGAAUGUUUGGCUUUUGCUAUGGAUGGGAAGGUCAGAACAAAGGUAAGAAAGAAAGAGGGGAGAAGGAAAAGCCAUAUGCAGGAGUCGGGAACCUCGGGUGGGGAAAUGGUAGAACAGCCUUAAGAAUGCAUAUGUCUGAUAACCAGUUUUAUGAUGGCCAUCUUGCUUGGAAGUAAAUUCUUCAUUUCCCCCAAACUUUCUUUGAAGUCUGCUAGACGCACAUGAUUUGAGGGAUCCCUCUUCACCCCUUCACAUCACCAAAUGACCAGGGUUGACCUGGGGCAGAAAAGGGACAGCAGGAGUGGGAGAGUGAGACAAUCCCAAAGUAAUACAAUUCAGAAUAGCUGGAGUCAGAAGUGACCACAACAAUCUAAGUCUCCCGGAAAUUUUCAGGAAUUUGUGAGAACACUGGACUUUGCAUAAUCCAAUGGGGGGUUUGAACCAAUUUUGUUUUUAUUUUAAAGAACAGGGUGAGUUCAGUUGACGUGGGUUAUGUGUAAGAUAACAAGAAUGUACUUUCUGUGUCCUUGACUGGCAUAUUAUAAGAAUUAAAAAACUGUCGUAACUAGGACAAUAGUGAAGUUGAGGGGGGUGCCUAAGUUUAUCCAAAGUACAAAAUAUUUUCACCCCUAAAUAAAACUAGCUGAGAAACACUCUGCUCAGAUGUCAACAUGCUAAUUAUACACUCAGCAGACAUGUCAGGUACAAAGAUUAAAUUCGCCCACGAAAAAGUAAAAGGGGAAAAGCGAGGUAUCAAGUUUCCCGGCUAUAUAAAUCUUCCUUUAACUGCCAGAAAUUGCUGGGGCAGCCUCAGGUAGAGCUAAGCGACAUUUAGUUCCGUGUCAGCAAGAAAAGCCAAGGUUAUUUUGUCUAGGUGGUUCUCUAGAUUGUUGUGGCUUCCAGAGAUCAUAGACUUGUUGGAGUAGACCAUGACCAUAUCUCCUUCAAACAGCCUGGACCUUGAAGAAAUACCCAUGUCUGGGUCAGCAACCCAAACAUUAUUCCUAGCUGGCUUACAAAGGGCCCUGCCAUGGACUUCACCUUCCCACAGCUAGUAGAUGCUAGGACACAAUCCAUUCCCUUCCCCACAUGCCUACAUUGAGAAGCCAGAUAGCCUAAUGCGGUGGUCUUCAGACUAAGGUAUUUGAUAUGCAGACUUUCCUAAGGAUACACAGGCAUCCUUGCAUAUGUAAUGUUUCCUACAAUUGAUCUUCACGAGAACUAGUGUAGUCAAAGUGGCUUGCUGGUUCCAUUGUGCAAUGCCCCAGGAUGAAAAAUCUCAGGGGUCCAAAGAAAGGGACAAUUGAAAUAUUGGUUUUGGUCUUAAAAAAUGAAUGAAUGGGUAACAGAUUGUUUUUCAAGUUAGUUUCCAAUUUGUUGCUUUUGUUGCUUUGAACAAUAUUGAAGGAACAUCUAAUCAAAUUAUCUAAUGAGAAAUUUUUCUAACAACUCUGAGAUACAAUUUAUAUACCAUACAAUUUGAUGGUCCUUAGUUACUCAGUUGUGCAACCAUCACCACAAUCAAUUUUAGAACAUUUUUAUCACCCUAAAAAGAAAAAGAAACUCUGUACCCUUUAGCAGUCACUCACCUUUUCCUCCAAACCUCUCAGCCUUAGGCAAGCAAUCGUCUACACUGUUUCUAUAGAUUUUCCCAUUCUGUACAUUUCAUAAAAAAUAAAUCACACCAGUCAGUUUUUGUGACUGACUUUAUCACUUAACAUAUGUUUUCAAGUUUUAUCCAUGUUGUGCCAUGAAUCAGUACUUCAUUCCUUUUUAUGGCCAAAUAAUAUUCUGUUAUUUGAAUAUACCAUUCAUCCAUUGAUCCAAUAAUAGAUUACUAAAAUAUUUAACAAGAUACCUACAUCAAGAAUGAAAAAGCAAACAUUGUUAUAAAUCUUACAAAUAUUAAUAAGAUAAAAGAGGACACUAUAAAUAACUUUAUGCCAAUAAAUUAAAAAAAUUUAGACAUAACUCCUAGGAAAACAUAAUUUUCCAGAAUGAACACUAGGGGAAAUAUAGGACUAUUCAGAUUUUCUAUUAAAGAAACUAUGAUUUAAAACUUUCUUACAAAAUGAAUUCCAGGCUCAGAUAAUUUUGGUAUUGAAUCCUUUCUGAACAAUUAAAGAGGAAAUAAACCUGCAGGCUUGCCCCAAAGCAUUCACUCUUCAUCUGUUGGCUGGACUACCUCUCUUUAAGGGAGCAGGCACUCAUUGGUUUGCCAAAAUGCUCACCAUGCUUAUUCUUGGCCCACUUCUCACAUUUCCACUUAAUACCAUUUUUGAACAACAUUGUCUUGGAGGUUUUAGCCAGUGCAACAAGGCAAGAAAAAUAAAUGAAAGGUAUAGGCAUUGGAAAGGAGGAAAUCAAACUCUCAUUGUUAGCAGGUGACAAGAUUGUGUGCAUAGAAAAUCCCAAAGAAUAAGCAGAUAAUCUGUUAAGGUUAGUAAGUGAAUUUAUUAAGAUACUCAGUCAAUAUAAAAACUUACAUUUUGUUUUUAUAAUUCAACAAUAAACAAGUUGAAAUUUUUUAAAUGAUACCAUUUAUAGGAGCAUCAAAAACAUAGGAAUAAAUCUAAUGAAGAUAUGCAAAACCUCUUCAUUGAAAACUAUGAAAUGUUAUUGAGAGAUAUUUUUUAAAAUAGGCUUAAACAGAAGGCUAUACAAUUUACAUGAAUUUGUAUGAUUCAGUAUUGGAAAGAUGUCACCUAUAAAUUUAACUAUGGUUUCAAUGCAAUCCCAAUGAAAAUUCCAUCAGGUUUUUUAUGUGGAUAUGUGUAUGAGGAAAUUUAUAAACUGAUUCUAAAGUUUACGUAGACAUGCAAAAGGCCAAGAAAAGCCUGGACAAUCUUGAAAGGAACAAAAUUAGAAGACUUACACUACCAAACAGCAAGUCUUAUUGUAAAACUGCAGUCUUUAAGACAAUGUGAUACUGUUGUGAGAAGGACAUAUAGACAAGUGGAGUAAAAUAGAGUCCAGAAACAAACCAACACAUAUAUAGACACUUUAUUUAUGAUAAAUGUGAAAAUCCUGUGCAAUGGGGAAAGGAUGAUCUUUUCAAUAAAUGGAAGGUCAAUUAUAUACCCAUAAUGAAAAAACAUUUACCUUGAUCCCUACCUUAAACAAAACACAAAAAUCAAUUUCAGAUGGAUUUUAUAUGAUAUGAUAAUAACAUAGGUAAGCUUCUUGAUUUGGGGGAGGGAAAGAUUUUUUGAAUAGAACACAGAGACAAAUGAUAAGGAAAAGACUGAUAACUUGGAUGUUACAAUUAAGAACUUCUAUUCAUAAAAGCUACUUUUGAGUGAAGAGGCAAGCCACAGAGUGAUAGAAUAUAUUUGCAAUACCUAUGGCUAAUAAAGGAUUUGGGUCUAGAAUUGAAUUAGUAAUUAUCUGUUACUAUUUAACAAAUCACCCUAAAACACAGUGGCUUCUUAUCUCACAGUUUCAGUAUGUCAGGAAUGUGGGCAUGGCUUAGCUUGUUGUUUCUGGCUGAGGUUCUCUGAUGAGGUUGCAGUCAUGCUGCCUGCUAGGGCUGUGGGCUCAUCUGAGGGCUCAACUGAGGGGGGUUCUCCUUUCAAGCUUUCUCACGUGUGGUUGGCAGGUCUUCGUCCCUUGCCACAUGGGCUUCUCCACAGGGCUGCCUCAUGAUAUGGCAGCUAGUUUUCACCAGGGAAUGCAAUCUGAGAGAAAGUGAGCACCCAAGACAGAAGCCACCAUCUUUUUAUAACUUAAUCUUGGAACUAACAGCCCAUUAAUUUUGCCAUAUGCCAUUCAAUAGAAACAAAUCACUAAGUCCAGCCCAUACUAAAGGGAAAGGGCAUGAAUACCAGGUGGAAGGGAUCGUCAGAGGCCAUUUUACAGGCUGCCUACCACAAGAAUAUAUAAAGAACUCUCAAAAGUCUUGAUCUAGGUAGUGGUUAUAUGGGUGUGUUCACUUUGUGAAAAUUUGCCAAGCUAUUGAGUUAUGAUUUGGGUACUUUUCUGGGUGUAGGUUAUAUAUCAAUAAAAAGUUGUUUUUAAAACGUUUUUGAUGGAAAAUUUCUCUGGCAGGCAGAAUUCUGAAGAUGUCCCCACCCCAAGAUUCCUGACUCCCGGUUAUUCAGUUAAACAUUAGUCUAGAUACUGCUGUGAAGGGGUCUUGCAGAUGUAAUUAAAGUCCUUUCAGUUGACCUUAAGAUAUGGAGAUUAUCUGGGUGGGCCUAACUCAGUCAGGGAAGGCUUUUAAAAGCAGAGAGUUUUUCUCUGCUGUUAGAAGAAGAGAAAGUCAAAGAGGUUUGAAGGAGAGAAGGAUUUCAAAAGAGUAUCAUACUCUUAUUAGCUUUGAAGAUGCGAGGGGCAUGUACAGGGACCUAAGUGCAGCCUCUAGGAGUUAAGAGCAGUACUUGGCCAAUAGCUGCAAAACUGAAUUCUGCCAACAACCUGAAUGAGCUUGGAAACAUAUUCUUCCCCCAAAUCUCCAGAUAAGUGCCCAACCCAGCUAAUACAUUGAUUUCAGGCUUCUGAAUCUACAAGCAUCUGAUUACAGAACUAUGAGCUAAGAAAUGAGUGUUAUUUUGAGCUGCUAAUCUUGUGGUUAAUUUGAUAUGCAGCAAUAGAAAACUAACAUAAUCAUACAACUUGGACAGAGUUCAAAAAAUUGGGUAAUACUAUUACUAGAAAACUAUUUCAUCCUUAUCUACUUAGUUAUUUUUAAAAACGAGUCUCUCAGUAUUCACAUCUAUAAAAAAGAAAAGAGAUAGCAUGGAUAUUAUGGAUAUUGAACCUGAUCUUGUUUUUGGCAUUAAGUAAUACUUUUCAAUGGAUAUAGAACUAAUUGUAAAAAAAAAAAAAAAAAAAAAACAGGCCCAUCAAUCUCAGUUAAGAAAUGCAUUUCCAAUAAAAUGUAUCAUUUUAUGUUUGUAACUAAUAAUUAGGUUAUUUUGAUCAAUUAUGACUAUAAUUUUAGUGAUAGGUCAACUCAGAAGGAAUUUCUUAAUCCUUGAGCCUGUGGUCACAAGAAAUUUUACAAAUAAAUUUGUAUAUUAUAUAUAUAUAUUUGUUGCAAAGAAAUAUGAUAGGGUGAUCUAUUGAUGUUCAAGCAUAAGAAUAACAUUAAUAAGGGGAAGAAGAAUGGAAAAACAAGGUCUAGGAGAAAAAGGAAUGUUGGAAAUUUUCCAGUGUUAAGGAAGAGCUUGUUUAUGCCUUGUUUCAAUGAACGAUGGUGGGUUUCAAAUUGCUAUGGCAUUUGGAUUCCAUUGAAUAGAUCUUUAAAAGAGUGAUGUAGCAAUUUUAUUUUGAAAUAUUAACAACAUGUAGGAAAUUGCGUCUUUUGCAACAACUAGGAUUUAUGAUGAAAAAUGUAGGAGCUCAGCUUUAAAAUGUGCAGGGAGUUUAUAGAUUUUCUAAAUUCUUUCAGAGGGGACAAGUUUGAGGACCACUGGUGUAGUAGGUGAGAGUCAGACUCAGAAACAUAACUGCAGUAUGGCCUUGGAUAACUUACUUCUUUCUCUUAUACCUGUUUCUUUAUCUGUAAGUUUAGGAUAGUAACAGUAUUGUUACACAUAAACUCUUAUGAAAACUAAAUGAUUUAAUGUAUGUAAAGCACUUAGAACAGUGAGUGCUAUAUAGAGAUGAUAUUAUCAUUAUUAAACCUCAAAUAAUGUUGUUCCCUCAUUAUUUGCUCAUUCAGAUGAGAUUUAACUCCCAUGGAGGUUUGCAAACUGCCCUCGGAGUGUUCCAUCACCCCAGAGGCACACUGCUUUCAGGCUGUGUUAAUGUGGCUUCAGAGCACUUGAAUAUGGCUAGUCUAAAUCAAGAUGUGUUGGAUUUCGAAGACAGUAUGAAAAAAUGAAUGUAAAAUAUUUCAGAAUUAAUUUUAUAUUUAUUAUAUGUUGAAAUGGUAUUUUGGAGAUAUUAGGUUAAAUAAAAUAUAUUAUUAAAAUUAA